UGCCUGUCGUUGACUGAGAGCCCCAGCCUGGGAACUGAACUGAGGCCAGACAGUUUAUUAUUUUCAUUGAUCAGUCCGCAAAGAUUGUACAAAAAUGUAUAGCUUUGUGGGACUCGUAUCCCGCUAUAGGCGGUUACUUCUGGUGUUUCUUGUCCUCUUCACGCUAGCCAAUGCCCAGAGAGCUCCUAGCAAGUUGGUUGGACCGAAGGGAGAUAGAGGACCAAAGGGCGAGCCUGGUGCCGGCAUAGCCGGUGGCAGUGGGAUCGCACCAGCGGCUGGACCCCCCGGAUUGCCGGGCCCCCGUGGCCCAACGGGAUCACGUGGUGAUAGUGGAGGUUCAGGACCACAGGGACCACAGGGAAUGAAGGGAGACACAGGAGUUAGAGGAAGGGUCGGCCUACCCGGACCUCCUGGCAGGGCGGGUCCCCCUGGCAGCCCAGGAACGUUGGCAGCAAAUGCUCAAGUCAGUCAACAAGGCUACAAGGGUGUUCUUCCCGGCGCUUUCCAGUACCCACAAGCCUCCGUUCAGGGACCCCCUGGCCCACGUGGUCCUCCAGGCAGCCCAGGACAGAGAGGAGCACAAGGAAUGAUUGGUUCUGCUGGCCAAACUGGAGAACCAGGACCCGCGGGACCUGCAGGACCUGGCGGACCCCCAGGACCCCCAGGCAGAAAUGGAAACGAUGGAGAUGAUGGCAAGGAUGGAGCCUCAGGACCCACUGGACCACCAGGAGCUUCUGGAUCCCGCGGUGCCCCGGGCAGACCCGGCAGCCCAGGCAUGAAGGGACACGCUGGCUUCGCUGGACUGCCCGGAAUGAAGGGAGACACAGGUGGAAAGGGAGAAAGAGGAUCUGAUGGUGCCACAGGCCCUUCGGGAGCCCCUGGACUUCCAGGAGCCGCAGGACCACAGGGAGAGAGAGGACGUACUGGAUCUCAGGGUGAGACCGGCCCAGCAGGAGCCGAUGGCUCAUCAGGAUCGCAGGGACCGUCAGGCCCACCAGGACCUACCGGAGCACCCGGUAUGCCCGGACCUGUGGGAGCAAAGGGAGACGCAGGCAGCCAAGGUGGACGUGGACCCCAAGGUGUUCAGGGUACAAGAGGCGAGCGCGGUAGUGAUGGUGGGCCUGGAGCCCCAGGUGCCCCCGGAGCAGCCGGACGCGAUGGAAGCCAAGGAGCGAAGGGAGCCACUGGCGCCACCGGCGCCAUGGGAUCACCAGGCUUCCAGGGACCCACCGGACCCCCAGGACUGGCCGGUGCUGUAGGAGCCCCCGGUGCCAAGGGAGACCAAGGUGCACCGGGUGCUUCAGGUGAGCGCGGUGAGGCUGGACCACAAGGACCUACUGGUGAGAUCGGACCACAAGGACCUUCUGGAGAAUCAGGACAGGAUGGACCCAGAGGUGCUAGAGGAUCACCAGGAGCUACUGGCCCACCAGGAGCUGCUGGAGAACGCGGAUCUAUUGGUCCAAUGGGACCUUCUGGACCUUCUGGAGCACCAGGACCUCGGGGCCCCCCAGGAGAGAGGGGAGCACGCGGAGAGCAGGGAGCGAAGGGUAACGAGGGUGAGCCAGGCCGUGCUGGAGAGCCCGGAAUUGCAGGAUCAAGAGGAUUGACUGGUGCCCCAGGAAAGGAAGGACGUGAUGGCAAGCCAGGACAAGCCGGACCAUCCGGUGAAGAUGGCCGACCGGGAUCCCCAGGUGCCCAGGGACAACGUGGACUUCAAGGAAUUCAGGGUCUGCCAGGAUCUGCAGGAGCACAGGGUGAGCGUGGAGCUGACGGUGCCCCAGGAGCCCCAGGUUCACAAGGCGCCCCGGGUGAAGCCGGCAAACAAGGAAACCCUGGACCUGCUGGACCAGCUGGACCAACUGGAAACGUCGGAGAGAGAGGUUCAGGUGGACCACAAGGACCUAGUGGACCAAUGGGCCCACCUGGACCAACUGGAGCCCCGGGUGAGCAGGGACCUGCUGGAGAUGUUGGAGCACCAGGCGAAUCUGGCCCAUCCGGACCCAUUGGACCAAGAGGAGAACGUGGAGGCCAGGGCGAGAGAGGAGCCCCAGGAACUGCCGGACCGCCAGGAAAGCGUGGUACCAGUGGACGCAGCGGUUCUGAUGGACGCAAGGGCGACGUUGGAGCCAAGGGAGACGCAGGCUUGCCAGGACCAUCUGGACCCCAAGGUGCCCCAGGUGAGCGAGGACCCGGCGGACCCCCAGGACCUUCUGGAGCUACUGGAGCUGUUGGACCCACCGGUGCCCCUGGCCCAGCUGGUUCAGAUGGUAGCAUGGGACCAAUGGGCCCCGUCGGCCCCUCCGGUGCCGUAGGAAUGCCGGGAGACCAAGGAGAUGUAGGCGAGCCUGGACCGGCCGGUGCCCAGGGAGAACGUGGUGACUCUGGAGUCCAAGGAGCACAAGGACCUCCAGGACCUCAAGGAUUCGUUGGGGGACCCGGACGUCCUGGAGCCCAAGGAGCUCGCGGAGAGGGCGGACCUGCUGGAGAUAAGGGAGCACCAGGACCUGCUGGACCUUCUGGUGCACCGGGUGAUGCUGGACCUGCUGGAGCCCCAGGAGCUUCUGGCCCACAAGGUGAUCGUGGAGAGACUGGAGCACAGGGAUCAAUGGGACCCUCGGGACCAAUGGGACCAGUUGGUGCACCUGGACUUGCUGGACCCACCGGCCCAGCUGGACCAGCAGGACCUGCAGGAAACGAUGGCGCUCCAGGUGCUCGCGGCGAGUCUGGUGCCACUGGACGUCCAGGUGAACAGGGACCUCAGGGUCUGCCCGGACCCAGCGGAGAUAGAGGAGAGAGAGGAAGCGAUGGUUCUACCGGUUCCCCAGGACCCCCAGGACCUGCUGGACCUUCUGGACAAAUUGGAAACCUCGGUGUCAACGGAGCUCCCGGACCCCGUGGAGCUGUUGGUCAACCCGGUGCCAGUGGAGAACCUGGCCGUGCUGGUAAUGAUGGAGCUCAAGGUGAGCGUGGAGCACCUGGUGCCCCAGGAGCCCCUGGCCCCGCCGGAGCUCCAGGAGAUGCUGGUGCCCAAGGUGAGAGCGGAAACGAUGGUGCCACUGGAGCAACCGGAUCUCGUGGUGACAAGGGCGACCAAGGAUCUACUGGACCAUCAGGUGCACCUGGUGCCCCUGGCAUAGCUGGUGCCCCAGGACCCGCUGGACCCUCAGGAGAGCGUGGCGAUACUGGAGCCCCAGGAGCCGCUGGACCAGCUGGCCCCUCCGGACAGCGUGGAAACACUGGACCUGCUGGACCCUCUGGCCCAUCCGGAGUCGCUGGUGAGCGUGGUGCUACAGGAUCACAAGGAGCGAAGGGACAUCCGGGUAUGCCAGGUCUGCCUGGUAUCCAGGGACCUCCGGGUGUUGGUGGUGAGGUUGGCCAAGCCGGUGGGGCCGGAUCCCCAGGAGCUAGAGGAGCCCCAGGAUCGAGAGGUGCCAAUGGAAAGGAUGGAGUAACUGGUGCACGUGGAUAUGCUGGACAAGAGGGCCCACGUGGUCCUCGUGGUGAGGAUGGACAACAAGGACCUGCUGGACCACCAGGACCCCCAGGACCUCCAGGACCCCCAGGUGAAGUGCAAGCCAGCUAUGGCCUAAGCUACCCGUACGCCAGCUCGGGAGGAGGAAAGGGAGGUGACCCGUACGCAGGAUCAUAUGGCUACUAUGGAGAUGCUGCCUCCAAGGCUAAGGCCAAGCCCAUGGACAAUCUGGAGAUCAGUCUGGUCUUGGCCUCUCUGGACAAGCAGAUCAACGACCUCAAGAAGCCAGAAGGCACCAAGGAUAACCCAGCACGCACCUGCAAGGAUCUGUUCCUCUGCAACACUGACUUCCCAAGCGGUUAUUACUACAUCGAUCCCAACCAGGGAUGCACCGCUGAUGCCAUCCGAGUCUAUUGCGACAGAGACAGCAACGAAACUUGCGUUGAGCCUAAAGUUGCCCAGUUCUUGAAUAAGACUUGGGAAGGCGAAUCCAAGACUGUCUACCUGAGCUCCCUCCUGAAUACCGACAAGAUUGAGUACAAUGUCACUGACCAGUCUCAGCUGACAUUCCUCCGCCUGCUGACCACCACCGUCUCCCAGAGCAUCACCUACCACUGCAAGAACUCCAACGCUGACCUCAAGCUCAUGACCAGCAUAGACAUCGAGCUAACCAGGGAAAACGAAGUCCCCAGCAACCGAUUUGAUGUUCUCGCUGAUAACUGCGCAGUUAAGAAUGGCCAAUGGCACGAGACGAGACUGGAAUACACCACCACCACAAGGAGCGGCCGUCUACCAAUCACUGAUGUCGGAACAAGCGACAUCGGAGGAAACGCAGAGUUUGGUUGGGAGAUCGAACCAGUAUGCUUCGUGUAGGCUGCCUUCUUGAAAAACCUCAACUGCAUAGACUUUUGUGUGAAUAGAAGCUUCUCAAAUUAAAAAAAAACAACAGAAUUAAAUAAAAUAAAAAGAACGUAAUAUGUCUCGGUGCUAGCGAUCGUUGUUUACUUUAGGCAUUUUUUUUUCCUUUUUUGGUUAAUUCCCCUUCGAGAAAACGCACUGUCUUGAAUGAACUCAGUUAUGUAGUGAUGAGCCAGUAGAUUAAUCUGACAGACUGUUUUACCAACUUCCUCAAAGUAGAAAAUCCAAAUCAUUAACAGGGAUACAUUUAUCUUUUGGAUGUGCAUUUCCAUCGGUAGAAAGAACUUAUUUUUAAGCUUUUCAAAGGUGCUUUUAAGGAUUUUUAAAAAAUUUAAGUAUUCAAUUACCCCACGCUCAUUAAACUUCUCAUGUAGAAUUUAGAGCAGUGUACUGUGAAACAUUUAACAACCAACUCAUAAUUCUUGCUACCAGAAGAGCUUAACUUAGACACAGUAAAAGUUAAAAAAAACACUCAUGUAUAUAAUGAUCAGUUGCCGAUUAUGCACAAUAGGCUUGGAAAGUACUAGAGUAUUGAAAGACAAAACUUCCUAUUGUAUCAAAUGUAAAAAAACAAACCAUAAGAUUCAAGAUUAAACUCACCAAAUAAAAAAUGUUCUACCUUAGCGAGAUUGUGUUUAGAAUUUAGACUCCUUUAGUUCAAUAUAGAUGUGUGCUUUGAAAUUUUACCAGAUUUAGAGUGGUUGUUUACAAAAGAAAAAGACUUGUUUACUGUCAGACAUGCUGAACUGUCGAUGUUUGAUUUCAAAGUACAGGUCAAAGUGUUGUCCAAUUCUUGCCAAAUUUUGCCCGAUGGGAUGUUUUUUUAUCUAAUUUUUUUUUUAAAAUAGAAGCAGCCAGUACAGACUCAGGUCAACUCGAUUAUGGAUUUAUUCUACAAUCCAGAAUAAUUUGUAGUCUAUAUUUUUAUACCACUUUUCCCAGUGUACUUGUUUCCAUAUGGAACACAAUUAUGUAAAAAAAAUCUCAUUCCAUUUUAAGAACAAACGACAUGCGCUUUGUAUAGUGGAUUCGGUGGAAAUUUGUAAUUUUACUGAUAAUCACUAAUUUUUUUUUGCUGCAAAAAGAAAGAGGAAAAUACACUAUGCAAAUGUCAUCCACAAGGAUGACCUUUGGUGCUUCUUAAAAAAAAAAAGACUGAAAGUUGAUUUUUUUUUUCAUUUCUAAGUUCUCCACUUUUCCCAUGUCCGCUAUUUCUUUUACCCAUGUCUUCUAUUUCUUGAAGUGGAACAGUUUCAAGUGUUGGUUUAAAGUGCAUAAAAAAAAUGGGGGGAAAAAAAAUCGUUAUUUGAACACUUUUUUAGGCUGAAAAUUUCACCAGAUUUUUAGUGUUAGUUCAAAGUGUGAAUUACUUCCAACAAUGGUAUUCUUUACACUGGCGUAAAGAAACACUUGAAGUUGUUCCCAGUUAAAGAUUGAGAGUGUGUGUGUUUCUUGGCCCUUGAAUUUUUUUUUAUUGUUAGCUUAUAAGGAUUUGAUUGCAUGAAUACACGUAUCCAGCUUGUACCCGCUCAGUGCUUGCAUAGUAAACCGGCUCAUUCAA